GAAGUCGCAGAGUGAAAAGGAGCAGAAGGGAGAAGCCGAGAAGGGGACAAGCAGACACAGAGCGGAAGGUGAGAGACAGGGUCACAGAGGCGACGAGACCACCAUGAGCGCUCUCAAGUUCUGCCGCGAAUGCAACAACAUGCUGUACCCGCGGGAGGACAAGGAGACGUGCACCCUCCUCUACGCUUGCCAGUCCUGCGAGCACCAGGAGGUUGCUUCCGAUACUUGUGUGUACAAAAGGGUUCUCCGUAAGCCUUCGGGUGAACCCAAGGAUGUCCUGAAGGAUGUAGCAGCUGAUCCCAGUCUGCCUCGCACCAGAAGUGUUAGAUGCUACAACUGCAACCAUCCAGAAGCUGCUUUUUUCCAGGCUCCAACUAAGGGAGAGCAAGCCAUGACGCUUUACUUCAUCUGCUGCAACCCGAGCUGUGGCCACAGGUGGAGGGACUGAGAAGUACCCGGAUCUGGGAAAUCAGUUCCAGAAGGAUCAAUACUCACUCCAGAAAACUUAGUAGUAGACUAGCAGGUCUUGGCAUGAACCUUCACCGGGAUUGGAAGGGCGCCACGGUUAAGAAGACUUGGGUGCAAACCUGUCCUUUGGAUGCGCGCUUGGUUUACCAUGCUGCUGAGUAAUGUUGUGAACAAGAUCCGGUGUAACUACUCUCAUGUCAAUUGGCGGGUGCUGCAAGCUUGUAAGCGAAAGGGUCGUGAUCUUAAAAGAAAAACUAUUCCGUGGAUUGCAAUGCA